AUGAAGUCGUGUUUGGAAGCAUUGUCAACAGAAAUAAUAUUUGAAAUCUUUGAUUAUUUGAAUCCAUGGCAUAUACUCUACGGUUUCAUUGGAAUCAAUCGCUAUUUUGAUCAAAUUGUUCGUUCAUAUCCAUUAAAACUCGAUUUUCAGCAAAUAUCUCGAUCAAAAUUCGAUUUUAUCUGUCAAAAUAUUCAACCAAAACAAGUUUAUCAUCUUCUAUUAUCAGAAAAAUUCAUGCCGGAUCAAAUACGACUCCUUCUCAAUCAUUUUCCACGAUUUCAAAAAGAAUUUCUUAACUUAAGAUCAGUCAAUUUUCUUUUUAUGAAAACCUUUCGCCUGGAUUUACCAGACAAUACUUCAUCAUUAACAUUUAAACAAAAUUUUCCAAAAGAAAACUCCGAUUCUAUUACAAAGGAAGUUAUUUAUCAUCAAGCAAAUUGUCUAACCUAUCUUGAUGUUGAUUCUGUUAAUGCAAUACCCGUUAACAACAUUUAUUUUAAUGUAUUGACACAUUUGAUCAUCAAUGACGAUUGUUUGUUUUCUCAGUUUGAACAAAUAUCUUGCUGUAUUCAAAUUUCAUCACUCAUUCAUUUAAAAGUUUCUAUUUAUGAUGAAGACAUGCCUUUUUUACCAAAACUGAAACUAGUUUGUCAAAAUCUAAUCUCAUUGUCCCAUCUCGACAUAAGUCUACGUACAACAUUGUCGUUUGAUUUAUUAGAAGAAUGUUUAAUUAAGUUGGUGAAAUUGAAAUAUUUGACAAUCCAAGCAUGGGGACAUCCUGAUCUUAUCGAUGGUACUCGAUGGGAAGAGUUUCUUCGACGAACACGUAUUGAACAAUUUAAUUUCCAAUUGUCUUUGUAUACAUCGUCACCAUUAUCACAACAGGAACAGCUAGCAGCACUUGAACGGUUUCGAUCAUCAUUUUGGCUGGAAGAAAAACAUUGGUAUGUCGCUUGUGAACACGUUCCUUACGAAAAACAGUUUAGAAUAUAUUCAUUACCUUAUUUUCUUCCAAAUCAAAUUAAUGAGUCACAAGAAAAAUACGUGUAUCCACCAUUAUCAACCGUGCCAAUCAAUCUCCACAAUCAAUUCUUUUUUCAAACUACGAUUGAUUCUUAUACAUAUAUUCCCGAAGAAAGAAGAACAUUACCAAUGUAUCGUUUUACUAAAAUUCAAUUGUUAGAAAUUUGGUGGCGUCGAUAUACGCAUGUCACAUACCAAGAGUUCAUCAACACUCUUACAUCCUCCAUUGAUCUUAACCAAAUUAAGACACUCGAUUUUGCAUAUAUUGUUGGUCCAGGAAUCAGUUAUUUACAAUUACUGCUCGCACAUACACCCCAAUUAAAUCACUUGAUUACGAAUGUAUUCGAUACAUCAUUGAUUCUACCUGAACAUAUAUAUUCUUUGACAUUACGUAAAGUGAAACCUGCUUUUUAUGAAGAAUCGUUUUAUCCAAUUGAUGUUGAAAAUGUUGGUGAAUUUUCUCGAAUGUUAAUGCAUGUUCAAAAUUUGACUGUUCCAGUCGACACUGAAGAAAUAAUGAUUCAGAUUAUCGAUAAGUUUCAACACUUGCAAACUGUUACAUUUCAAUGUGGUCACAGUCUUCUAUCCAAUAUUUCUUCCGAAUGGUUUCAAACAAAUACUCAUCGUCUGAGUCAACGUCAUUCAAACACUUAUACUACAACACAAAGACUGAAAAUGAAUGAUCCGGCACCGACGGAAUCUCAAUCAUUUACUUUUCGCUCAAACAAUAGACAAAAAUUUACCAGUGAUGAUGAUGAUCAAUUCAGCUUAAUUAAUCCUACACUGAAUAAUAUUCAGUUUACAUGUCAAAUAAGGUCUAAUACAGAUCUCGAUAGGAAAAAAACACGAAUAGACUUGCAUGAGGGUAACUAUGUAAAACGGCCCGUAUACAUUCAUUAUGAUAGGCGACCUAAGAGUGAAAUUUGUUUGUCUAUGAUCGAUCAAUAG